GGCAGGAACUUGGGAAGGGAGUCGGGGCUCUCUACCGGGUUGGGAGGGGCUUGUUCCUGAGACCCGGAGUCCCCGUCCGCUGAGGAGAUGGAUGAGGAUGGGCUUCCUCUCAUGGGCUCAGGCAUAGACCUGACCAAGGUGCCAGCUAUUCAGCAGAAAAGAACCGUGGCCUUUCUCAACCAGUUUGUGGUACACACGGUGCAGUUUCUCAACCGGUUUUCCACAGUCUGUGAGGAGAAACUGGCAGACCUUUCUCUUCGAAUUCAACAAAUCGAAACAACUCUCAACAUUUUAGAUGCAAAGCUGUCUUCUAUCCCAGGCCUCGAGGACGUCACGAUUGAGGUGUCUCCUGCAAGUGUCACUGCCGUCCCAAGCGGGUCACAUUCUGAGAGCCCUUCAGAGCAGCCGCAGCAGGACAGCACACAAGACUCCAGACCACAGGAAAGUGAAGUUCCAUCAGAAAGUGUCGUAACUGUAGCCAGGGAUCCACGAUAUGCCAGAUACCUCAAGAUGGUUCAAGUGGGGGUUCCAGUGAUGGCAAUCAGAAACAAAAUGAUAUCCGAAGGGCUGGAUCCAGACCUGCUGGAGAAGCCAGAUGCUCCGGUGCCCAAUGGUGCAACUGAAAAAGCCAUAGAAGAAAGUUCAGACAGUGACUCUUCUUUCAGCGACUGAGUUGAACUGUGGAUGAGGAUCACAAAAAUGUGUGAAUGUUUAUAGUCUGUGGAAGAGUCUGAACGUUGCGCUUAGUGACUGUGUCAUCCAGUGGCCACGCACCUACCCCAGCCUUCUUCUGUUAAAAAAAUAAAGCAUUUAUAAGCUUCCAGUA